CGCCGCUUCCUCAGGGUUGGCGGCGGCGGGCUGCGUUCCGGCGGGAGGGCGGCACGUUCAAGGUGCUGCAGGUGGCGGACAUGCACUACGCGGACAGGCGGAGCACCGCGUGCGAGGACGUGCUGCCCGAGCAGGUCGCCGGCUGCUCCGACCUCAACAUCACCGCCUUCCUCUACCGCGUCAUCCACGCCGAGGACCCCGACCUCGUCAUCUUCACAGUUCACUACUCGAGGCGCUGGGCUGCGGCUUCAUCGAGGCGGACGACAACCACUCCCGUGCAAACAAAGGUGAGCAUUCAGGAAAAGAACUCUUUGUGCAAUGAGCAUCCUUUUCUGCUGGAAUAUCAACUUUUUUGGAUGCUCAACCAUCAAUAAACAUAUUGGCUGAACUUCAGGAAAAGGAUGCACCGAAUCUUAGUAAGCGGAUACUCAUAGCCGAAUUCUUUUGGAUGCACAUAUAGUUUGUCUGGCAACUUAAAUAAUGACAGUAAAUAAACUCUCAAUAGCACUGUCCAGUAAUUGAAAAUAAAUUACACCUUUUCAGUUAAUUUAAAUUAACUGAAACCUUUUGUACUCCCAUGAUCAGUGUUACUCUGUACAAAUUUGCAAGUGCAAGUAGUGCUUGUUUUCAGGAGUAGGAUGCUGAUCAAUAGUGCUUGUUUGGAGUAAUUGUUUGCUCUGUAGUGCAUUUUUGCUGCAACCUAAUCUGUGGAGUAUCAAGCUAAUUGGAAGAAAGCCAAUUGCUUGCUCUCUAUGAACUUUUAUGUGCUGGAGUAUAGGAUUUGCUGUUUAGCAAGGCUUCAGUAAUUUGUUGUUCAAAAUUGAGCACCGCCUUGCCAAACAGCAUUCUGCCACUAAAUGGCAGCAUAUGCAGGACCAACUAACAAUGUACGGAGACCAACUAAACCUGUUUUGACAGGUGAACAGAUGGACAGUGGCUGCUCCUUGCUGAUCAAUUCAAAAUUGCUCUGGCGAUCAAUUCAAGCUUGCUGUGACUGGCGAGAAGACGUCCUGCAGCACAGGCGGCGCACGGGCGGGGAGGAGCACAGGCUGCUACUGUUGGUCAGUGCGGGAAGGAGCACGGGCAGAGGUCAAUUGGCCGGAUCCGGAGCUCCAGUGCCUGAAUCGAGGAGCUGGAAGGCUGAGGCAGGAGGAGGAGCACAGGAUGCGAUGCUGCUGCUGUUGGUCAGUGCGGGGAGGAGCACGGACGGAGGUCAAUUGGCCGGAUCCGGAGCUCCAGUGCCUGAAUCGAGGAGCUGGAAGGCUCAGGCAAGAGGAGGAGGAGCACGGGCGGCGCUGCUGCUGGUCGGUGCGGGGAGGAGCACGGGCGGCGCGAAGGCCAGGAGUCGCGGGCGGCUGGAGGCUGUGGCGGACGACGAGGGAGUUGCGUAUGAGUUUGGGCUCUCGAUUGGAGCGGAGGAAGGCGGCCGGCGAGGGAGCUACGGCCGGCGCGGGCGGACGCCGGAGCUGCAGCAGUGGGGUGGAGCCUGGCGGAGGGGAGGAGCGAUGGAGGAAGACGAAGAUCCCCGGCGACAAGAAUUUCAAAUUGAGGGUAGUUUGGUACUUUUUCCUGUUUUCACCUGGUCGGAGAAGUUUCCCAACGACAACUAUUUUGGAACAGAGGGUAAUUUUCUGUAUUUUUUAGGAACAACUCAAACUACUUGUGGUACCGAGUAGGGUAUGCACGGAAGACCCGGUGAUCCCUCACAUUGGAACCGACUGCUCACUAAUACACACACACACACGGAACCGAUGAAAC